GCGAGCACGGACCGCCCUCCGCCCCGUCAGCCUCUCACAGUGUGGAGCCUCGCUCGCCCGCCGCUGUGUCGCCCGACGCGUGUCGCACCACCUGCCAACCACCUGCUCCGUCUAGGCCUACCAUCACAGUGAAGAGGUGCUCGGUGUGGGUGACACAACAUGUCACCCACACUACAGCCACCCCCGUCGCCUCGCGCCCCACCUGUGGGAGCCACCUCCAUACCCGCUGGCCUACCCGCGGGGAUGCGCUCCCUGGCGCAGACAUUGCCCGUUUUAAAGGUGCCCACGUUAAAGUUGGAGGAGGAGGAGGAUGUGGGCGAGCUUCAGUACGCGGGCGGCGUGGUGAACGGGCAAGAGGAGUUGGCGACGGUUGCCUCCAACGCCGCCACGUCCGUCGUCACCGAGAUGGUUAGCCUGUGUUUGGACUACGAAAAUUGCACCAACAUGACGCAGCCGAUGAUGGACAACUGCACCAUGAACUGUACCGUGGAAGUGGACAGCGAGAACGCAGAGCGGAACUACUGGACGCUGCUUCUCUUGCUGUUCCCGGUGUUCACGAUCUUCGGUAACAUCCUGGUGCUCAUGUCAGUGUAUAAAGAACGUUCCCUGCAGACGGUCACGAAUUACUUAAUCAUGUCGCUCGCGGUCGCCGACUUGCUGUUGGCCGCCCUCGUCAUGCCCUUCGCAGUCUACUAUCUGGUAAGUCAGGCGCUUGGGCUCUCAAUGCCUCACUCUCAGAGGCCUCAUCUAAAGGGCAUAAUCAUGGGUCUUGUUUACUUCACUCGAAAUGAUAUGCAACGAUUAGUAUGUAUGUGUGUGUGCGAUUUGGCGAAGUUAUUCGUUCUAUCGCAUUUACACAGGUGUAUGCAAACCUCUAGUUUCCAUGAUGAUCAAUGGCAUAUUCCCGUACGCCGGAGGACCUUGAUUCGAUUAUUUAUAUAAAUAAAUAU